AUGGCGAGGGGAAUCUACUACCGCUGGUGGAGUCACAGGGCCAGGGUGGAAUCGAUGUUGGAUUUCGUGUAUGGAAAUGGAGAGGAGGGUUCCCCGGAGAGCGUGUUGAAGGCGGUUGACAAGUGCGGUUGGAAUUACUCUCCGUUGAUGUGUGUUGGAGAUGUGAAGGGUCUAAUUCUUGACAAUAUAGUAAUUCACCACAAGCCUAAGGUGGUGGUCGAGUUGGGUGGUCAUUUUGGGUAUUCAGCAAUAAGGAUAGCGCGUCUGUUGGAUGAGGAUGCGAAGUUGUAUUCGAUAGAGAUAUCGCCACUGUGCGUGGCGAUAUCUAGAGAGCUGAUUCGCUUCGCGGGUCUGUCGAAUAAGUGUACGGUGGUGCUGAGCAGCUCGUCAAAGGCGAUAAUGGAGCUGAAGGAAAAGUAUGGCAUCGAGCAUGUGGACCUGCUGUUCAUAGACCACGUGGGGAAGUUGUAUUUGCCGGACUUGAGGCUCAUGGAAGAGGAGGGCCUGAUCAAGAGAGGGUCUGUCGUCGUGGCGGACAAGGUGCACUACAAUUUUGUGGUAGAUUACUUGGCGUACACAUCGAAUGAGAAUCGAAUCUACAAGUCAGCGCUGCAUGAGACGUACCUGCAGUACAGCACCAAGCUUAGGGACGCAAUUCAGGUAUCGGUUCAUAAUUGA